AUGCCAACCGUCGCCAUUCAGCUCGAAGCAAUUUGGAGAUUUUGGAUAGAGGAUGAGCUGGGAACGAAGCUCCGGACACAGCAAACCAGCAUUCGCCACCACCGGACAUAUAUGAUGGAAAUAAGAGUCAACGUCCCCAAGACCCGUAAGACCUACUGCAAGGGCAAGUCCUGCAAGAAGCACACCCAGCACAAGGUCACCCAGUACAAAGCCGGAAAGGCCUCUUUGUUCGCCCAGGGAAAGCGUCGUUAUGACCGUAAGCAGUCCGGUUACGGAGGUCAGACUAAGCCCGUCUUCCACAAGAAGGCGAAGACCACCAAGAAGGUCGUGUUGAGACUGGAGUGCACUGUCUGCAAGACCAAGGCCCAGCUUGCCCUGAAAAGAUGCAAGCACUUCGAGCUUGGUGGUGACAAGAAGACCAAGGGUGCCGCUCUUGUCUUUUAA